AUGUCCCCGCCCACCUCCAUCCGUGCAGCAGGCAUCCUCCAGCCUCCUUCUGUGGCCCCAUACACGGGUGCCCCCGGAGAUGCUGGCAUGUCCAUCAUCGGUCCCCGCGGCCCCCCUCGAGGGGUAGCCCCGGAAAGACUGGGGCUAGCCCGGUGGGCGGAUGAAGCCCAGCCUGCCUAUUUCCCUGCUCUCAAUGGAGAGAGCCAGCAGGAAGCAGGAGUCCCCCCAGUCUACAGAGAGGGGUUGGAGAACAAAUUGCCUGGUUAUGCCAUGGGAGGGGGCUGCAGGGAGCCAAGCAGCCAAGAGAGGGCCGAGGGUCAGCCGGGCACCCGAGGCUUUCCUGGAUUUCCGGGUCCGAUUGGACUAGACGGCAAACCGGGCAACCCAGGACCAAAAGGGGAGAUGGGUCUGACGGGUCCCCGAGGACAGCCGGGACCUCAAGGACAAAAAGGAGAAAAGGGUCAGUGUGGAGAAUACCCGCACCGGGAGUACUUAAGCGGCACACUAGCAGCUCUACGCUCCAACCAGAUAAUUACCCUGAAGCUGCUGCCUCUCCUCAAUUCAGUGCGACUGGCUCCACCGCCAGUCAUAAAAAGGCGGACCUUCCAGGGUGAACAGGGCCAGGCCGGCAUCCAAGGGCCACCAGGGCCACCAGGCCCCCCUGGACCAAGUGGCCCCCUGGGGCAUCCAGGACUGCCAGGGCCCAUGGGGCCACCUGGCUUACCUGGGCCUCCUGGACAGAAGGGAGACCCAGGGAUCCAGGGCUACCACGGCCGGAAGGGAGAACGGGGCAUGCCAGGGAUGCCAGGCAAGCAUGGAGCCAAGGGAGCUCCUGGGAUCGCCAUGGCUGGAAUGAAGGGUGAGCCGGGGACCCCAGGAGCCAAGGGUGAAAAAGGGGCUGCAGGUUUCCCCGGGCUGCCUGGCCUCCUGGGGCAGAAGGGAGAGAAGGGCGAUGCUGGCAACUCCAUUGGGGGAGGUCGGGGGGAGCCGGGCCCUCCAGGACUCCCUGGGCCUCCAGGGCCAAAGGGAGAAGCAGGAGUGGACGGCCAGACUGGCCCCCCAGGGCGGCAAGGAGACAAGGGAGAGCCCGGAGCAGCUGGAGAACAGGGACAAGCUGGUCCCAAGGGCUGCAAAGGAGAACCAGGGAAAGGAGAGAUGGUGGAUUAUAACGGAAACAUCAACGAGGCUCUCCAGGAGAUCCGAACGCUGGCCUUGAUGGGGCCUCCAGGAAAAGAUGGGCCUCCAGGAAUGAAGGGAGAAAACGGACACCCAGGGAGCCCAGGAGAGAAGGGAGAGAAAGGGGAGAUGGGACAAGCAGGCUCACCG